GUUUUAAAAAAUGUUUUUAUAUGCUAUAAUAAGUAAACUGAAGUAAGGUGUAGUCCAAUCGAUUAUUUACACACAUGGGCAGGCAUCUGUGAAGCCCCGCCCACAUCGGGGGUAUUUCCUGCGUUGUAAGCUUUUAAAGACUUGAACUUGAACUUCCUAAAAAUGACCGCUGCAAGUUUGCACUAUUCUCGUGAAUCCGUUCUUUUCAGAAGUGUCCGACUCGCUCAGCUUUAUGACCGCAAUCUUAUUUAUUCACGUACUGGGGGAUAAAAAACUCAGCCAUGUCAUGUGAGAAACAGACUAAAACACCCAUUUUUCACUUUUUUUUGUUUUGUUUUGUGCUGUCAUUUGUCCUUAAAGGGAAAAAGUUAAACAUGGCGUAGUGUGAGCGGAGUUUGUUGACUUGUGACCAUGGCCGAGUCCACGAAGAAGCUGAAAAAGCCUGACGUGAAAAUUGUCUUGCUGGGUGACAUGAAUGUUGGGAAAACAUCUUUGCUCCAUAGGUACACCGAGAGGAAAUUCAAGGACACAGUGAGCACAGUUGGAGGGGCCUUCUUUCUCAAGCAGUGGGGACCAUACAAUAUCUCCAUAUGGGACACUGCAGGUCGGGAGCAGUUCCACGGUCUGGGCUCUAUGUACUGUCGUAGUGCAGCUGCAGUCAUCCUCACCUAUGACAUGACCAGCUGGCAAAGUUACGUAGAGCUGGAGGACCGCUUCCUAUCCCUAACUGACACUGCUAACAGUGACUGCAUAUUUGCCAUAGUAGGCAACAAAGCUGACCUGACUGACUCGCAUGCCCAGGCUUCAAAUCCAGAGGGAGAGGAGGAGAACAAGCCUGCACGCAUGUCUGUUUCUUCCUCCUCACUUCAGCGCAAACAGGUGAACAGAGAGGAUGCCAUGGCUCUGUAUGCACGCGUGCUACACUACAAAGGGCUGGAUGAGAAGGCCUGUCUGCCCGCUGAAAGCAUGUGCUUUGAAACCAGUGCUAAAACUGGCUACAAUGUGGAUAUGAUGUUUGAAACUAUGUUUGAGUUGGUGGUGCCCUCAAUCCUGAAGAAGAGGAAUGAGGGCGAGAGCUCCACUGUUGACUUGGAAGCACCCAGCACAGGAAAGAGUAAUAAAGCCGGCUGCUGUACCUAGGAGGAGGGUCAAGAUCGGGAAUGCGGAUUUAAUCCGUAAUACAAUGAAGGCACAGAAGCUUGUUUAAACUCCAGUAACCCUUUCUGUUAGAAAGGAAGACCACAUUUCUGUAAAUCAAGUCAUAUUUAAAUGAUCAGUGUUGAGAAUUGUAUAAUUCAACAAACAAAAAGUACUGCUCAAGCUCAAAACAAUAUGAAGGCAACAACUCUUAAACAGUAUUUUUAAUUUGUGCUGCUGGAAUGACUUUUAAUUUUUUAUGAUGUGCUGUGAUUAUGCUUCCACUAUUUUGUAAAUGAAGCCUUCUUGUGACAAGUGUACACAAAUAUCACAAAAAUGCAAUUGAAAAAUAAAAGGUACGAAUGAUCAUAA